AUGGCGACCGUGUACCCCAACCCCAUCAUGGGGGGUUUUCCCCUUUACGAGCACGGUCAUUUCUCCCAGACGGAGAGUCCCUUCGAGUUCGUCGACCCCGUUGACCCAGCGCUGAAAGACUUCGCUCCUCAGAUGACCUCGGUGUCUUAUGGAACGACGACCUAUGCAUGGGCACCGCUCCCCAGCUACGUUAGAAAGGAUGACCAGCCAUGGAGCAUGUACCAUGCCACUAUAUCUAUGCAGCCGCUGCCCAGCUGCAGCUUGCCCAGCAUGGCGACUGUGCCUUCCCCGUCUUCUGCCGCUGCCAUCAGCCCCAGACAGUCUCCAUCUCUCCUCAGUCAUGGCGACACUGAGUCGCGGCACGACAGUUUCCCCAGAACUCCCGACCUAACCUCCUCGCCUGCCACUCUGUCUUUGGAUACCCCCUCCGAUAUGCAGCCCCUGCAGCACGCCGGCACUGGUGUUGGCGUCCCAGAUUAUGUCAACCCUCAGGACGUCAAUUACCAACAAGACUAUCCCGUGGCCGAGCAUGAUGCCUUCUCCCGGUCAUCGACUUCAACAAACGGUAUCGAUUACUAUGCCGGCAGCGAUGACGAGCCUGGCAAUACUACCUAUCCGAAUUACACCUACAGCAGCGUUGGCGUUACCACGUCGAUGGUUUCCAACAUCAAUGCGGUGACCUCGGGACCCGAAUGUCAUCUCUCAAGCACGUCACGCUGCCAAUCCCCUGUAACCGACACCAUCUACGAUGUCCGGUCGAAGCGCCAUCAUGAUUCCGACAACGACAACGAGCAGACCAAUCGCGAGGACCGCCCUCUCAAGCGAUCCAAAACCGCCCCAUGCUAUCACCUCAGCACUUCCUCAACUCCUGUAUACCGCACUGCAGCUUCUAUCGGCCGCAGACGCCAGCGCGACUCCCACAUGGUCUCAACAGCAAACCUCUUCAGCACUGACGGCGAAGAACACAAACGUCACAUCUUCCCUUGCGUCUUCAGGUUCGCCGGCUGUGACGGCGUCUUCAAAGCCAAGAACGAAUGGAAGCGGCACGUCUCGAGCAUGCACCUCCUCGAGCGCUACUGGAUCUGCUACGAUUCCGAGACCCCGUCAUCGUCUCAAUCUCAAUCUCAAAAGUCCCAUGCUCACCAACAACACGAGAGCUUCUUCAACCGCAAGGACCUCUUCACCCAGCAUCUGCGCCGCAUGCACUGUCCCGCCGCGCUCAAGCCCUACCUUGACAACGCGACAUCCAUCAGCGCCAUUUGUUCUCUUGCCUCCUCUCGUUGUAAGACCAAUAAUAAAACAAUGGGUAAGACCAAAUCUUCCAAGCGCGGCUCCCAAACUCUACCCAAUCUCCCGCCUCAUCUUCGUCCCCUGAUGGAGGAAUGGAUCGCCUACGUCCAGGAGCGCUGGGAACGCUGCCAACGCGUCCGCAAACUGCCCUCGACCUUUAGGUGUCCUGUCCCAGGGUGCUGCAGCGAGCCUAACGGCAAGAACAGCCCUGGUUCUACAGAGAUCGGAACCCCCACAAUCUUCCACGAUACCCCCAAAAACACGGCCUGGAACCAGCGCAUGGAGCACAUCGCAAAACACCUCAUGCGUUUCGCCCAGCUCGAAGACGAGGGUGCCUCCGCGGAAGAGAAGGCCAAAGAGCGCGUGGAGUUUGGCGGUACGGGCGACGAGGAACUCGUCGCAUGGGCGAGCUCGCCCGAAGUAGGGAUCAUCCGGCGGAAUGCGAAGGGCGAAUGGGAGUUGACUGAGGCUUUUAAGAAGGGCCCAGGAAAUACGGGGUCUUGUGGUGCUAUGGAGAUCCCUGGGACCGGAGGGGAAAUGAUGAAGGAGGAGAUUGUGGUUGUUGGGGGUUAUGAGGAGGAGGGAGAUGCUGAGGGUGAGGAUGAUGAGUAA